UCGCGCUACCGAGAGUUCACCGAUUAUAAUGGGCGCGUCUGGUUUAGUCGCGUCGCUUGAUGGGUGUCACUGGUCGGUCUCCUCCUCUCAAUCAGUGUGAUCAGAUGUGAUCUGGCACCUGUGUGUGCGCGUUACCCACGGGAGCCUGUUGCUCAUGAGUGUUGUGGAGCGAUCUGCUUCUGUGCUGUGUGAGAUUAUGCGCGCGACUGCACGAUAACGAUCAUGGUUUGCGUCUUUGCGCGUUAAGAUGAUGAAGAGGACGCUUUUUGGUUAGAUGCAUUUUUCUGUGUUUCUUCAUAUAUCCUCAUCCUCAGCCAGCAUCUGAUGAAGUUUGGGCGCGUUUAGGAUGCACUAUGUGAUGCGUUUGUGAUAUGGUCACCGGCGCGUCUUGAGAAGAACAUCGAAAGCAAGCUCCUCGUUAUUUGUUUCCGCGAUGUCAAACAGAAAAGCAAUACUGAUGGAGAAUGGGGUUAAAAACGGAACGUCGAGAAAUGUGCUGGAGCGAUGCGCCUCGGUCAAUGAGUAUUUUGAUAUUGCCUUCAAGGUGAUGCUGCUGGGAGACUCGGCAGUGGGGAAGACCUGCGUCCUGGUGCGCUUUAAAGAUGGUGCCUUUCUGGGAGGGAACUUCAUUGCCACAGUGGGGAUAGACUUUAGGAAUAAGGUGGUGACUGUAGAUAACAUGAAAGUCAAACUCCAGAUUUGGGACACGGCCGGUCAGGAGAGGUUCCGCAGUGUUACUCACGCGUACUACAGAGACGCUCAGGCUCUGCUGCUGCUGUAUGACAUCACGAGAAAGUCCUCCUUCGACAACAUCAGAGCCUGGCUGACUGAAAUCAGUGAGUAUGCAAAGAAGGAUGUGGUCAUCAUGCUGCUCGGCAACAAGUCAGACAUGGCCGCUGAGAGGGUGAUCACUCAUGAAGAAGGGGAGAAGCUGGCUAAGGAAUAUGGAGUCCCUUUCAUGGAGACCAGUGCCAAGACCGGUGUCAAUGUGGAACUCGCUUUCCAAGCCAUUGCAAGAGAACUCAAGCACAGAAACAUCCAGCAGCCCCACGAGCCCAAGUUCAAGAUCCAUGAUUACAUCGAGUCACAGAAGCAGAAGUCCAACUGCUGCGGCGGCAUCAUGUGACCAGCUCCGGACGGCAGAUAUCCGUACACAAAGACGUGUGUGAAUGAAACGUGCUUCGUUGUGAUCCCCCAAACCCCUGUUUGCUUUAUAGUCAGGAAUAUACAGCCAAAUACUGCUGAGGUGCAUCAGAGUAAUACGUUUCUGCUUUAUAAUCUGUAUAAAUCCAGGUGUGUACAGUACCCAGGUGUGUCUGAUUAUUCCAGGUAUGUUUGUUUGUGUAACGUGCUUUCCGGGUUUCUUCUCUAAUGGUUACAGCAUCUAUCUACACACAGUAUAAAAUAUAUUAGUAUUUAAUUACAUUAUAUGCCACGCAAAUGUGCUCGGGCGGUGAGCUUGUGUCUAGUGUUUUGGUCAGUAUUAUGUUUACAAUCAGUAUAUAUUUACUUGAAAACAAUCAUAAGCUUGACCGAGUCAGGCCUGAUUAUGAGGUAAUAUAGAUAUAUUUUUCCUUUUCCUA